AUGUCAAAAGGGAAGUUUGUCCGUUCAGUCUCCACCAAGGUCAUCAAAGAGAGAGGACAGCAUCUAGAGCGUUUCUUGGUGACAUUCCUGGCUUCUGUGGAAGCUGCUAGACCUAAAGCAAGUGCUGAGGAGGAUGAGACGGAUCCAGAUUUGACGGAGAAAGAAAUGCUAUCGAGUCUCCUGUUUGAGAACAAUGCUGGUCAGGAGUUGGAUAGACCGAACCUGAAAGAACCUUGGACCAACCCGGAAGCCAGCUACAUGCAGCUCAAUGGAAUCAUUCAGUAUGUCUUGUACUUGGCUCGCUCUGUCUUCGAUGUACCUGUAUGGAUGCAUCAGAUGAUUGUAACCUUUGCAAAGAUAUUUGGAAACUCACUGGAAACAUAUUUGGAUUAUUUCAUCAAUACAAAGACGGAGAUGUUGAAGAGUGAGCAGAUGGUGGAGCAUAUCAUGUAUCUACUCAGAGAUGUUCUUUUCUUUGAUGAUGACCCACCCAGGACGGAUGCACAGAAGCUUGAGAGGAAAGAGUUUGCUUUCCAACAAAUGCUCAAAUUCUUCCCAAGUAUAGUACCCAAGGUUCUUGGAGAAGAGAAGUUUUAUGAUGGAUGUAAGAUAGUCUUUGAUGCUCUGCAAUAUCCCAAGCUCAACAAACAGCUCUCAUACAUUCUCUUGGAUAUUGUCAUCAAGGAAAUCUUUCCUGAAUUAUCUGAUGAGGAUGAUGUAGAUGAGGAAGCUUCACAAUAUCAGGAAGAUCACUAUGAGAAAUAAUGAAGUAAAUGGGGUUGCAAUUCACAUUUCAUUUCUUUUUAAUUAUCCUGGGAUAUUAUUCCGCAAGAAGAUAGUUAACAUUAUCUAUGCACUAGAAAGUCACUCAUGCUGAGAAGAUGGGUACAGAGGUUGAAAGACUGAAAUCAAAGAGGCCAUUUUAAGUAGUUUCUGUUACAAGGCAUCAGUAUUGUUGGAUUAUGUCUAUCCAACAGUACUCAAUUUCUUUUUCAUAAACAUGGUUAUCACUAUUCCAUUCAUCAGAAUCACAGUUAUGAAUUAUGAUAAUUAUUAGCAUAACCAUGAUCAAAAAGAGUAGUAAAAUUUUCAGCAUUUAAUGAAACUAAAUUGUACUGAAGUUUUCAUGCAAAUAUUGGACUUUUUUUAAUGUUAAAUUUUCUGUGUUUAUGUCAACAAUAACCAUUCCUUCUGCAUACCGAUUUCAGUUAAUGCUACAUUUUACUGAAAUAUUCUGAUGAAAGUUGGCAGCUCUUUUAUCUUUUAGUCAACAAGUUAUAUUUGAUGCAUUUGUAUUACUUUUGGCAAGAUCUUGAUCAUUUUGCGAUACUCUAGAUUUUCUUUUAAAAGAGAUAUGAAUCCAACUGUUUUAUAUUCAUUUCUUUACAUGGUCCUCUCAAUUCAUGAAUGUGAAGUUACUGCUGUGCUUUAUGAUGCUCUGGUUAGGAUUUCAAAAUGUCUGCUUGUUUGUAGUUAAAUGUCAAAGAUGCACAUGACUUUUUCAACAUUGACCAAGCACUGAUUACAUUUUUAUAAUGCUGUGAUACUAGAAUUGAAAUAAUUCAUAAAACAGUAUAUCUAAAUAAAACAGAGAAUGAUGAAAUUUCAUUACUUGCCUAUGGACAGGCAAUGGAUUGUGCUGUGCAUUUAAACAUGGAUCAUAAAUUUUGUUGUGAUAUUGAAACUAAAUCAUUCCAUUUUACAAUUAUUCCAAAAUCAUGAAUUGGUGUAAUCUUACAGUUUUUUAAAAACAAUAUUUGUGACUAUUUGUAGGACUGCUUCUUCAGUUUUGAGUU